AUGAUGGCCAACUCUAUUGCCAAGAGUAACAACAACAAUGACAACAUUUACUUCAAUCUCGAUACCAACGUAGCCUUUCGUUAUCAUUGGAAAAUAUGGCGUUGGACGGGCAUUAAACCUCUCAAGGAUAUAAAUCCCGAAUUGUAUAAACUCUACGCCAUUGUUUUGAAUAUUUUGGUCACUUUACUGUUUCCCCUCACACUGAUCAUCAAAGUUUUCUUUUCACAAACUCUACAAGAAUUGUGUGAAAAUCUCACCAUUACCAUCAGUGAUUGUCAGUCAAAUUUGAAAUUCGUCAACGUCUAUUUUGUUCGUCAUCAAUUGGAUCGCAUCAAAAGUAUUCUACGUAAAUUGGAUCGCCGGGUGCAGAGCAAUGAAGAAUUCAUUGUUUUAAAAUCGGCCAUCUCCAUGGCCCAAUCUUCAUUUUUAAUAUUUUUCCGUCUCUAUUCGUUUGGCACCACACUGAGUGUCGUAAAAGUCGUCUUGGCCGAAAAUCGUUCAUUACUGUUUCCCGCUUGGUUUGGUGUAAAUUGGGAAGAGAAUUUGUGGACCUAUGUUGGGGUUAUUGUCUAUCAAUUUUUUGCGUUGGCUGUACAGGCCCUGCAGAAUGUUGCCAACGAUUCUUAUCCACCAGCAUAUUUGGUGAUUUUGUCGGCUCACAUGCGAGCAUUGGAAAUACGUGUGAAAGCAGUGGGUCACUCAGUGGAGGAUGAUAUGCAGGAAGUACUCACAUUGUCCGGAGAGAAGCAAAGGAAAUGUUUGAAGGAAUUUAAUGAAUGCAUUAAGGAUUAUUUGAAUAUUUUGAAACUUCACUCGAUUAUCCAACGUAUUAUAUCCAAGGCGUGCUUGGCUCAAUUUGCCUGCUCGGCAUUGGUUCAAUGCACAGUGGGUUUACAUUUUAUGUACGUGAUGGAUGCCGCCAAUUAUGAGGCCCAAUUAAUGGCAAUCAUCUUUUUUGUUGCUGUGACGCUGGAGGCAUUUGUAAUUUGCUACUUCGGCCACAUGAUGAGUUUGCAGAGUUCAAAUUUGACGUAUGCCUUCUAUUCGUGCGGUUGGUUAGCUCAAGCACCGGAAUUUAAACGAAAUCUUAUUAUCACCUUAAUGCGUACACAGAGGACAUCGACCAUAUUGGCGGGUUCAUAUAUUCCCGUCGAUUUGCCAACAUUUGUUGUGCUAAUGAAGUAUGCCUACUCGGUGUUCACCCUACUUAUACGCUUUAAGUAA